CUCAUCUUUAAUGGAAUCAUGUGACAAAUAAUGUAGCUUGCUAAGUGGUGCAACCCAUCCAGAAAGUUAGCACUUCAAUGUCCUUCAGUGUUGACAGGAGGCGAGGACAUCCCCCUCUAACGCUGUGCCAGAGAGGAAGAGAGAGAGCGAGCGAGAGCAGAGAGAGAGCCUGACUGAAACCCCAUAAUGCACCGCACGCUGCAGGGCUGAAGUCGUGCAGAUUCAUCAGUUCCUGUUCGAGGGGUUGUCUGUGAGCGCACACGCACUCAUACGCCCAGACCGAAGCAAGAAAAUACACAGACGUCCAGGCAGAGAGAAGUGCCUUCAUUCGCUGACCCCUGUGGCUGUUUGGCUCCGCUGAAGCCGCGUGUGCCUCUGCGCCUGUCCACGUCUGCUGGAGCUGCCAGCCACACCACGAGCACCAGGACUGCCAUGAUUGCCAGCCUCGUCCACUGAGGCUGUCUCCACAUUACUGACACCUCCCUCCUCCCCUCCAUCUCCUCCUCUGUCUGCCAGCCAGACCUCUCUCCACCCAUGCCACUCAGACCUCCUCUGUGGAAGUCAAACACGCCACCUUUCUCCGCAGACAGAGGCCGAUACUGAAGACACAGCGUUUUUAUCGGCUCGUUUUAGCAGAAGAAGAUUGUCUCUUUGCUGUCCCCUCCACCGGCCCCUCUCCCCCCUUCUCCUCCUCCUCCUCUCCUGCUUUCUUCUCUCCUCCAGCCAUGCAUCUUUUCAUCACGGGCCAACUCGAUCGAUAAUGUGUUUUGCCAUUCAUCUCACCUGACAGUUUAGCUGAGGAGCAAGCAAGGCACAGGGAGAACUGGUGUGCAUGGUGUGGGUGUUUGAAAGAGAGCGAUUACAAAGCAGGUCUCUCUGGCCGUCAGCAGCCUAAGCCCUGGGUGACAGGUGCUGAAGGAGCCCCAAACAGACUCUUAGGAUGGGCCACAGGUGGUAGACGACAGCAAGGCCUCUUAGGCUUAAAUUCAGAGUCAGACCCUGGGGAGAAAAUCUGUAAAGUCUGCCUUUUUCCCAUGUCCUUUAUCUGUGCUUUCUCAUCAUUUGCCUCAGUGUUAUUAGAAACAUACAGAAAUAGACAUAACUGCAUUUGCUGGAUAUCUAUUACUCUUAAUCGACCCCUCCUUCCUGGUUUAAAAUGGCGGUGAAUGUGACACCGAUCCGGGACACAAAGUGGCUGACACUGGAGGUUUGUCGGGAAUUCCAGAGAGGAACUUGUUCACGACCAGACAGUGAGUGCAAGUUCGCCCACCCUGCCAAGAGCUGUCAAGUGGAAAAUGGCAGAGUCAUUGCCUGUUUUGACUCUCUCAAGGGCCGCUGUUCCAGGGAGAACUGUAAGUACCUGCAUCCUCCUCCUCACCUAAAGACCCAGCUGGAGAUCAAUGGAAGAAACAACCUCAUCCAGCAGAAAAACAUGGCCAUGCUGGCCCAGCAGAUGCAGCUCGCUAAUGCCAUGAUGCCCGGCACACAGCUACAACCAGUGCCCAUGUUUUCAGUCACACCCAGCCUUGCAACCAAUGCCAAUGCUGCUGCAGCAGCGGCUGCUGCGUUUAACCCCUACCUUGGCCCUGUGUCGCCCGGCCUGAUGCCCGCUGACAUCUUGCCCAGUGCCCCCGUACUGGUCACCAGCAACCCCAGCAUUCCCAUACCUGCUGCUGCUGCUGCCGCCGCUGCUGCGCAGAAACUCAUGAGGACAGACAGACUGGAGGUAUGCCGGGAAUAUCAGCGGGGUAACUGCACGCGUGGGGAGAACGACUGUCGCUUUGCCCAUCCUGCAGAUAGCACCAUGAUCGACACCAACGACAACACAGUCACUGUGUGUAUGGACUACAUAAAGGGCCGCUGCUCGAGGGAGAAGUGCAAGUACUUUCACCCUCCGGCUCACCUGCAGGCCAAAAUCAAAGCCGCUCAACACCAAGUCAACCAAGCUGCAGCUGCUGCAGCCAUGACUCAGUCGGCUGUCAAAUCACUGAAGCGACCCCUCGACGCAACUUUUGAUCUGGGGCUCCCUCCCGUCUUGCCUCCUUUACCAAAGAGACCUGCACUUGAAAAAGCCAACGGUGCCACCACUAUGUUCAAUGCUGGUGUAUUCCCGUACCAACAGGCCCUGGCCAACAUGCAGUUUCAGCAGCAGGCUGCCUUCAUACCAUCAGGCUCGAUAUUGUGCAUGACACCUGCAACAAGUGUUGUACCCAUGAUGCACGGUGCUACCCCAGCCACUGUGUCUGCAGCCACCACAUCUGCCACAAGUGUUCCCUUUGCAACAGCAACAGCCAAUCAGAUUCCAAUAAUAUCUGCAGACCAUCUGACUAGUCACAAGUAUGUGACCCAGAUGUAGAAGUCUCAGAACAAUGGAGCUGGAGCGUGCUGGUGUCAAGUCCAAGAUUAGUGGUCACCCUUCAUGCCCAUAACAUCAGGAGCGAAACGGAGGACCGAACUGGUUUGGAGUAAAUCUGCAUGUUAACAUUGGAGGCACAGUUUGUUAGAAGCGUUUUCAUGUGUACUUCAUGCACACUAUUACACAACAAGAGAAAAGAACAACAUCGCAUCAAAGACUGCCUUGCGUUCUGUAGAGGCAACUGACCUUUAUUCACCAGACACACUUUGAAUGUUAACAUAAGGUAAAUGUGUGGAGCAGUCGCUGAACAGGUCGACUGAAUCGGUACGUCUGUUGACCAAGAAUCAUGACUUACGUUGUGCGUGUUUAUUCAUCGGUUGUUGGUCUUUUGUUUACACAAAGGUGCACCUUGUAUUUCAUUUGAGGAAAACGAAACAAAUAAUCUGACUGAAUCACAUAUGCAUGCACAAUGAUUUUGUUAAUGAUUUGAUUUUGUUAAACCAGAUAUAAGGGAAAUUACAUGAGUGCACUCAGAGGCAAAAUAGCAACUGAAUGUCUGUGAGGUGUCUUUCAAACCUUUGUAGCCUACCUUUCUAUCUCUUAAGCACAUGUCUUUAAUGUCGCAGGCAUCCCUGUAAAGUGCCAUACAUCUCAAACUACAUGAAUGGUAUAGAAGCAGUGUUACAAAGUGUUGCAACUCAACAACUCCCUUUAAUACGUCUCUUUUCUCUUUUGGACAGCAUGAAGUGUCCAAUGUCAUAGCCCGUCAUUGUCUCUGAUUCCCUAAGAGCACCAUUGCCCCAUUGAUUAGAUGACCGUCCCCCGAUCACGUGCUUUACAUAAAUCUUCUACUGAAUGAUUAGCUUUUAAUUUUAUUUUCUUCAACUUUGUUGUUGAUGUCAGUUGUUUAGACAUGAAAUGAUUCGUAAUCCGAGCUCUCCGUGGCCAUUAAGUCUGUCGACUCUAAACGUCAGACGAGUAGACUGUGAGAUCUCGGCCUGGGUGAGAGACCAAAGAAGCUCUCUCAGUGAUGAAGCUGUUAUGAUGACUCCACAGGGUCAGGAUCAGGUGAUGUCCACGCUGCUGUGAGACAGAAGUCAAAAUCUACAGUGCAACUGGCGAAGACGCGACCUGUACGACCCGAUUUGUUUUUCAUUGGUAUCGUUAUUCAUAUUUUAAGACAGGUUAAAGUAAAUUCAGUGUAGUGUAUAUAAAGUCAGACAUAUUUAAGAGUAUUUGUUCUUAUGUCUACCUGAGAACUGUUUUUCAGAUAGUCAGCCAAAGUCUUUUCGUGUCACUGUUGUUAGGUGUUGUGGAUAGACUAGUGGGGCUAAAAUCUUAAAAAUAUGUAGCCCAAAGAAGGAUCGAGUGUUUGGAGUAGAUCUCUAGAACUCUUUAUGUUAUUUUAUUUUUUAAUAUUCUGGGUGUUUUUUCAGGCAUAGUCAAUUGGUGGAUAGUACAGGGAAAGUGGCAAGAAUAUAAACGAUUGUAUAACUCAUCCAAAGCCUUAGAAUGUAUUAUCGGGUCAGCACAAUGCAACAUGCCAUUUUGAACCAUCCAGUUGCCUAAUCCACGCCAUAUUAACACACAGAGAGAGCACUAUGUAACUGUCACUUUUUUUGUCUGUGUUUUCUUAACUCUCUUGUGGUUUUCUUUGUUAGACAACGACAAGUGUUUCAUUUUGUUUGGAUGAUUUUUUUGAUAUUAGUUCUGAUUUUCAGUUUGGCUUAUUAUAUUUAUCUUUCUUAUAAUGAAUAUAAGGUACAGUGUGUGUGUUUGCGUGUUCCUCAUGCACAGUUCCCUGAAAUUCCAUGUAAUGUUAAUUUUAGUAUGAUUACGAUUGUAAACUCAAUAUUUUCUACGUUAUGCAUAUUGUUGAACUGUAUGCAUAUUGUUCAUUUCGCUAGUCUUUUUUUUUUGUCUUCUUUGAACAAAGAUGUUUUAUAUGAGUAUCUAACAGUAAUGGAAUAAUAGAACAGAGAGGCCGAGGUUGUCGCUGUGGCAACUGUCGCCAAUAAAUGAGUAAUAUUUUAAUGAUUGUAAGGUUUGUAACUAGUCAUAUAAGAAAAAAAAGACUAUUAUAAAAAUCUAGUUCUUAGAUGUUUAGAGUAAAGAUGUUAUUUUCUACUGUAUCCAUUUCAAAUAGUAACUAUUGUUUUAAUGUUUUUACUCUCCCUGGAAAUUGGGCCAUGUUGGAAAACAAGCUGCAUAUUUGAUCACUUUUGGGGGCGUUGUUGGCGGGGUCAGGUGAACGUGGCGAGUAGGAAACUGAGUCUGAACUCUCGUUUCUUACUCAGUCAUCUGCAAACAACAAGGGUGGGGUGGGGAAUCUUGAGGUGAUAAAGGUGAUAAUGGUUGACUUUUUUGCACUUCUGUACAUAGUCAAAAAAGAGAGAAUCAUGUAUAUUGAGAUCUUAUUUUGAAUAAAAAAAAUAAUGUCUAUCAAGACAAGGAAUUUUGCUAGGAUAACAAAAAAAAAAUCUUAUGAAAGGCUGAACAAAAUUGCUUGCAUCAAAAGGGCACCGAGUUCUCACUCUCCUACCCCUUUCAGAAAAGGCCAAGUGUUGCUCUUCUUUUUUGUCAGCAGCUUGUAGUUUGCCAGGUAACCUUCCGGAGGAGGCGUCCACUACCCUCCAGGGUAAGGGCCUGACUGGGUUUGUCUGGUCCCCCAACCCGCCUGUACUGCACAGGUGUGUGUCAUGGCCACGCCCGCCCAGGCCCAACCAAUCACAACACGUCCUGUCUCUUUACUGUACUCAGAGAGGAAUGCAUGUUAAAGGAAAUACAUAUACAGUUUAAAAAAAGAAAUCACAACACAGUAAUAUUGAUUAAGAAAACAUUUACACAGAAAGAUGUAUUUACAGUAUACAAUAUUCUAUCAAUGUAAUGGAAUAAAAUAUAUAUUAAAAAAUAUAAAAAUAGAAUAGUGGUUUAUUUAAAAAAAAAUUCCUGAGAAUAUACUCACUAAAGUUUCACCACUUGGAGAGUUAAAAUACAUGCAACACAAACACCAUAGCUAUAAGUAUGUUCUUUAUGUUUAUGUAAGCUGUGCUUUUAGUAGAUGAAACUGACCGAACACGGUUAUAGUUCAACAUCAGGUCAGAAUUUAAGAAUAACUGCAGAAUGAUAUACUGCUUUGUAGUUUGGUUAUUAACCAGUUAGUUUGAAAUUUUGUCCUGAUCAUCUUAGUCAUCUCUCAUCUUCUACAAGCACGCAUGCUUACAUUUAUGAUAUAAUGUAAACUGAACUUUUUUUGGUUUGUCGUUUGUUUUCUCUGCUUGUAGUGCUAAGAUGAUGUAUUCUGUCUUCUGCCGCAGUUUGUUUCUGCUUGUUUUACUGUUCCAGGCCCCCUGAAAGGAUGCGUCAUGUUUGCAUACCAGCCACCUCGUCUGGAAAGCGUGUGUAGAGAAAACCACUGAUUGCAACAGCCUAAAGCCAUAAAAUCCAAUCAUCUGAAUGAAAUAUGAGAAGAAAUCAAAAAUGAUAAGGAGGUGGGGUGUGGUAUGUUCUGGAUCUCACAGGAUUGUGUUUGCCUUGGUUUUUAUUAACUAUAGCAUCAUGCAAUAAUUCCAGUCGUGGAGGUAAUUAGUAUAGCUUGUGGUGUGCUGUGCCAACACUGAUGGAUGUGUGGAGUUAAGAGAAAAGUACGUGACCCAUUUUAUUCACGGGGCCUGCAUUGCUAUAUUUGAUUCUUGCUGUUAUGAAUAAAAAAAAUGUAAUAAAAAUUUACAAAUGAACUCAAGUAAAGGAGAAUUUGUUUAAAAUGUGUCGUUUCAUUUGAGCUCAAGGUUGGGAUGUUCUGGGUAAUUUAAGGGAACACAAAUGACAAUACUAGAGCUCAUUUCUGUGCACAGUAAGCAGCGAACGGCUAUCCUGGCUGUGUGCAGCACAAGCGUUAAAUGAAGCUUAACGCAACAUAUUCAUCUUUGUUUUUGUAUUAAACCAGGGAUGUCAAACUUAUUUUACAUUGUCGGCCACAUACAGGCCACUUUGACCUUAAGUGAGCCACACCAGUGAAACUUUCUAUCAUUUUCAAGAAGUUUAACCGUGCAUUG